AUGGCGUAUUCUCAACCCUUUCCCCUUGCUCAAUCCCCUGCAAAAGCCACUCAGCAAACUUUUGCACCAGACUUGGCCGUUCGUCUCAUCUGCCCAGAAUGUAGGGACCCAAAUCCCAAUAUCGUUGAGGAAUUUAGUUCAGGAGACUUGGUUUGUGGUACCUGUGGGCUGGUGCUUGGGGACAGGGUUGUCGAUACGCGAAGUGAAUGGAGAACAUUCGCAAACGAUGAAGGAGACGAUCCUUCUCGUGUCGGCGCUGCUUCAGACCCGUUGAUGGAUGGCAUAGAACAACUCGACACGGUAAUCUCUUUCCAAGACGGUGGUUCUGGUUUAGCCCGUGAGCUUCAACGUGCCGCUUCUCGUUCUCAGUCCUCUCGUGCCGAACGCAAUCUCCUUACCGCCUUUCGUGACAUCUCUUCCUGGUGUGAUCAAUUCUCCCUUCCCAAAACCAUAGCGGAUAUCGCCAAACAGCUCUACAAACGUUCUGAUGAGGAAAAACUUCUUCGAGGAAAACAGCCCGACGCAGUCAUUGCUGCAUGUAUAUUCAUUGCCUGUCGACAAGCCCAUGUACCGCGGACAUUCCGGGAAAUAUGCAACCUGACUCACGUAACGAAAAAGACUCUCGGACAAUGCUACAAAGCUUUGGAACAGGCAUUCAAUCUUACACCCGGCGCCUCUGCGACUCAUGCUUCUCUGGCGCCCUCGACAGGUCCAGAGAGCCUCGUUGUGCGUUACUGUAACCAUCUUGACCUUCCACCGAAAGUUCAGUCCUACUGUGCCGAUAUCAUCGUCGCUGCACGUGAACAUGGCAUUGCUGACGGACGGAGCCCAGUUUCCAUUGCUGGAGGCGCCAUUUAUUUCACUUGCUGCUUGCUGAACACUCCUAAAACUUUAAAGGACAUAGGAGAUGUAGCUGGGGUCAGUGAAGGGACCAUUCGUUUGGUCUACAGACUGUAUUUCGCAGAGAGGACGAAGAUAGUAAAGCAGAAAUGGAUAGACGAAGGUAAGGUUGACAUGUCCAACCUCAAAGAUGAAGGACCUCGGUAA